UUAUUAAUAGAGAGCUGUAGUAAUAUUGUAGCUUUAAUGGGAUUUACAAGUAUGGUAUCCCUUAUUAUGUAUUACAUUGGACAGUUCAUGUCAAUUUGUUUAGGAGCAGAUUCUGAAGAAGAUAAAAUGAUUGGAACUGUGUCAGCCAUUUUGUUUUUUGUUCUAGCUUUACAAACUGGGUUGACAGGAUUAAACCCAGAAGAACGUUUGAUCCGACUUUAUCGUAAUUUUUGCCUGUUAUCAACUUCAGUAUUACAUUUCGUGCAUGGAAUGGUGAAUACUCAACUCUUGGCAUUGAGUGCCUCUUCAAGUUCUGUAACAUCUAAGCAUCUUAGAGCUUUAGGAAUGUGUGUGUAUCUAGUAUCUUUCCCGGUUUGCUUGUUAAUUUAUUUGUGGUCCUACCAUACAUUGAAUACUUGGCUCUUAGCAGUGACAGCUUUUUGUAUCGAAGUGAUUCUGAAAGUGAUAUUUUCUUUGUUAGUUUAUGCUUUAUUUAUGAUUGACUCUUACCGACAAGUGUUCUGGGAGAAACUUGAUGAUUAUGUCUAUUAUGUGCAGUCUACUGGAAAUACUAUGGAAUUCUUUUUUGGAAUCUUUUUGUUUUGUAAUGGUGCUUGGAUCAUGCUGUUCGAAUCAGGUGGUGCCAUUCGAGCAAUCAUGAUGACAAUUCAUGCCUAUUUUAACAUAUGGUUGCAAGCUAAAGAAGGUUGGAAAGUUUUUCUUAGAAGACGCACAGCAGUUAAUAAAAUUAACUUGCUUCCAACAGCUACAAAAGAACAACUAGAACAACAUAAUGAUGUUUGUUCCAUUUGUUACCAAGAUUUACAAAGUGCAAGCAUUACACGGUGUAAACAUUUUUUUCAUAGUGUUUGUUUACGGAAAUGGUUAUAUGUUCAGGAUACAUGUCCAUUGUGUCAUAAAAAUAUAUAUCCUACUGAUGAUACUACAAAAGAAAAUGGUCAACCUGAGCAACCUCCACAGCCAAACCACCAA